AUGACUGAACAACAGGCAGUCAAUGCUCCGCCUCUUCUUCUACCAGAAGCUCUUGGAUUCUCUCCUCAGCUUCUACUGGACGAUAUUAUCAACAUCGCCAACAAUGCUGUCACAGACGCCGUCAAUGGUUUAGAGGAAUUUCUGCAGCGGUGGGCUGAUGAACGUGCCAAGAAGGAAGGGGGCAGCGAUACAAUGAAGGAGUCCGAAUGGGAUCCAACAGGCGAGGUCGAGCAAGGCCUUGUCGCCUUCCAAACGUUGCUGGAGUACCAUACUGACGUCGCGUUCGACUUCUUCGAGGCUUGGUCGCUUCGAAACGUAUUCGCUGUGCCGCCGGAUUUGCCAAUCGUACUGCCCCACCAGGAAGGUCUCGACCUGACACAAUCCCCUGAGAGGGAGAAGGAGCUCAUGGACGAGAUAGUCGAGUUAAGACUGCAGCUGCAAGAUCAACGGCGUCUUGGAAGAGUGCUGACGCGUGCCGUACAUGUUUCCCGAGCAGGGCGUCGUCGAGCUGAAAAACGGCGGGAGCGUCUGUCCUUCCUCCACGAUCCUACGUUCGACACCAUCGAGGGCCUUCCUCAGAAGUUGUUCGAAUUGUAUAAAUCAGUGUCAGCACUACCUGACCUUGACCCGGCAACACUCUCCUCGCUCACGCAGUAUCGUCUUUCGGACCCUGGUAAACGACCUUGGGAAACCAGCAAAACUGGGUAUCUCAACUGGGCAGUGUCUCAGCUACUUGUCCGCGCGAGGGAGCGGAAUGCGGCCGAGGGACGGCGGACUGGGCUUGACGAAGACAACGAGCGGGUACAAGAAGUUGGCUCUGCAGAUCAACUGAAGGCUGCCAUUGAAGCCAUGGAUCGUGUUCAGGCAAGCCUGGAGAUGACCACUGAUCUAUCCUAG